GAGGAGGAGGGAGGAGGAGCGCGCCGCCUCGCUCAGUGUCCAAGACGAUGUCGUGGUGGUCGUGUGUGCCCUGAACUUGUACCCAGUUCUUUUGUGAAAUAUGCGUCCGUCCAUUAGAUGCCUUUGCUCACGUGUGUCUGAGAAAUAUAAUGUGUAGUGGUGAUAUAUGUAGUUAGUAGCCGACAUGCUGCGGUUUUUCAGCAAGAGAGUCGGGCGCAAUGCCCAGAAAUACAAGACAGUAGACGACGGGCGAUCUUCGGCCGUACCCAAACCUAAACAUAUUCUCCCCUGCAAGGUCAUUCUCUUGGAUGAAACGGACCUCUCCUUCGACAUUCCGAAAAAGUCUCUGGGGCAGGAACUGUUCGAGCGGGUAGUGUACUCCCUCGACAUUAUCGAGAAGGAUUACUUUGGCCUGCAAUAUACCGACGCCAACCAUGUCCCCCACUGGUUGGAUCCAACAAAAACUAUUAAAAAACAAGUUAAAAUUGGUCCCCCAUACACCUUCCGCUUCAAGGUCAAGUUUUAUUCUUCUGAACCUAACUUGCUGAGGGAGGAGUUAACAAGGUACCAGUUCUUCUUGCAAUUGAAGCACGAUAUUCUCUCUGGGAAACUGGAGGUGCCCUACCAGCAGGCUGUUGAGCUCUUUGCGCUCAGCCUUCAGUCUGAACUUGGUGACUAUGAUCCAGACAUUCACACAGUGGGGUUCGUUUCGGAGUUCCAUUUUAACCCCCUCCAGACCGAUGCGAUGGAGGAGGACACGCUAGAAAAGUAUAAAGAGUGCACUGGACUGACACCAGCGCAAGCUGAACAGAGCUAUUUGAACAAAGCCAAGUGGUUGGAGAUGUAUGGUGUCGAUAUGCACACAGUCCUGGGCAAAGAUGGUCAGGGAUACAGAUUGGGUCUCACCCCAACGGGGAUUUUGGUCUUUGAGGACGAAACGAAGAUCGGACUCUUCUUCUGGCCCAAGAUAACUCGUCUAGACUUCAAGAAGAAGAAGUUGACACUGAUGGUGGUUGAAGAUGAUGAUGAGGGCCGGGAACAGGAGCACACCUUUGUCUUUAGAUUGCACAACGAAAAGGCGUGUAAACACCUAUGGAAGUGUGCAGUUGAACACCAUUCCUUUUUCCGUUUGAAAGCUCCCAGUAAGGGACCCUCGGGAAGGCAAAACUUCUUCAGGAUGGGUUCAAGGUUUAGGUACAGUGGACGCACAGAGUUUCAAACAACCCUCCAGCAGCGCACUAGGCGCACAGUGCAAUUUGAACGUCGACCAAGCCAGCGGUUUGCCAGACGUCAAAGCCACGUGGUGCGAGAAAAGCAGCGUAAAAGCGUAUUAGAAAAAAAGUUAGAAAAUGGAAAAGGUGGCAGUACUAAUGAAAACACUGCCGUAGGUACCAUCAUUGCUACAACUAUUGCUGCCUCAGAUAUGCCUGCAAGUAAUGUGGCAACUACAACAGCCAGCAGUAUCAGUAGCAUCUCCAGCAUCAACAAACCAGUUAUUUCAACUUCCAGCACUUCAACCAUUCCAUCGUGCACCACCACACCACCUCCGUCUCCUCUUGAUGCUCCCUCUUCUCCCAUACCUUCUAAUAACAUAUCUCUCGUGUGUCCGGCUGUUUCGGCAGUAAUUUCUCAAUCUUCCUCAUCUCCCACAACGUCAACCUGUGCUGCUGCUGCUGGGGCUUCUGUACCAUCAAAUGAAGAAACAGAAGAUGCCACGUAUGCUGCUGAAGACAGGCUAGACACCUUGAUUAAGAGCUUGGCCAAAGACACAUCAGUACCAAGCUAUUUGGACAGUACAGUCAAUGAGCUGGCCAGGGCUAAGCCUUGUCAGAAAGAGGUCGGGGCAGAGGCCUUGCCACAGCCCACAGGGGCUAUAGGUAAGAGUGAAGCAGAGCUGCUGGUGAACAAGAUGAAAAACUUGGACAGUUGUAAGAGCAACAGUAUUAAUGGGGCUGGAGCAAAGAUUUCAUCAAGCACCACCAAGGUGAAGGACAUCAAUGUGGUGGUGAUUCCAAACAACCAAGCCACACUCACCAAGAACACUGCUCGUCCAAUUCCUCCCGACCAGUUUAAGUCCAAUAUUCUGAAAGCCAAGGCUGAAGAAGAGUUGAAGAAGGGACCCCUUAGUGUAGAGAUUGACAAAGCUUCCAUUGGAAAGCUCAAAAUUUCAAAUGGGGAGGUGGCAGAUAGUACAGCUUGUAGUGAAGACCCAGAGGGGGCCAUUGAUGGGUGGUGGAUGACACUUUUUUCUAAGGCAACUACCGUAUUGAACAAUGGUUCUCUUCCUCGCAUGAAGAAAGCUGGUAAUACUGAUAUAUGUGGGAAUAAUGAAGGUGCUACGUUUGUAUCUGUGGGAGGCGACAAGCUGACUUUGUCCCUUGGUGCCGUUGGUGUUGGAGAGAGUGGAAGCAGCAUCAAUCCUCCCCAACAUUUAUUGGAGGCAUGGGAAGGGAGGGAGCAGCCUGGUGAGGACUCAACACCUCUCCUCAGCCUAGACCCACCAGUUACAGUCACCCACUUCACUACCACCAGCCAGAGUACACCCCUAGAUCGUCUCACUCUUCCCUCGAAAGAUCUCACCGAUUCAUCUUCAAUUUCAUCUACCACCACAAACAUCUCUGUCUCUGCCACUAACAGUUUUAACAGUAAUCCCUUCAAUCCAUUUGCAUCUAGCAUUUUCGGUAUGAGCAAUCCUUUCAGUUCUGCAAGUAAUAUAACUAAUAAUCCCUUCAGUGUGUCUACCACAACUGCCGCUGUCAUCAUCUCAAACCCCUUUGUGAAGUCCUCCCCUUCCUCCCUGAGCUCCACAACGUCAACCCUGACUGGAAGCAAGCCGGCUUCCAGUAGUGGGGCUGAGGAAGUGCUGGGUAAUGGUGAGGUCAACCCUAGUCCUCCUUAUUCUCCCUCUGAUACUCCGGCCGAAGGUGUUCCAUCCCCACCCCACUCACCCCGCUCCUUCACAUCAUCCACGUCCUCUCAGGCCAGCUCCCCCUCUUCAUUUUCACCUGACCAACUGGCAACACACGAUACUGAUAAAGAAACAACCUUUUCGGGAAACCAGCCUGUGACACGAUCGGUGUCGUCCACAAGCAACCGCAGCUACACAGUAAGUAAGAGCACCACUAACUCGGCCCUUAGUCAGAUGUCUCCUUGGCUGGUGGCUGAUCCCCCAACACCUCUACCCUCAAACAAACUGGAGGUCCCCAAGAUGCGCACGGUGAUAACCACGGAGCUGUAACCACUCCACAGUCAACUUGCACUUUUUUUUUCUUUACACAAGACGUGUGUGUGUAAUAAGACUUAUUCCUGUCUUAAUGAUAUUUACUUUUCAUAUUACACAGGAAUUGUUGCUUAGAAUUCCCAUAUUAUAAAAACAAUCCUGAUAUUUUGUUUGUAUAAACAGAUGAAUAUCUUUUAUGUAGUUAAAAAUAUCUUUCCAGUAACUUAAGUUUAUCCUUGAAGGGAUUGCAGCUAUUCCUCAGUAUUGUAAUGGUAAUAUGAUGUGCCUUCUCAGCCUUUCCAUUAUAAUUAAGAUUAACUGUAACUAUGUGUAUAUAGUCAUCUCAUAAUUAUCAUGCUGAAUGGUUAAUUGUAAUGAUCUCGCAAAGUUUUGUCUGGUAGUUUACGUGGAAGUGGAAUUUUCUUGGCUGCUGGAAUGUGGGUUUUAUUAUUUAAGUAUUAAUUACUAGAUGCAUACCAGCUGGACUGAUGAUGUGAAGAUCUUUAGAUACUGAAUCAUCUCCCUCAUCAAGGUUUCAAGUAAAGGAUAUUUUUUUAAAGGAAUUAGUGUGUUUAAGGUUUCAUUUAGAAAAUUAAAAAGCUUAUUAACUUGCUAUUUCAUACAAUAUUUAAAUUUGAUACAUUAAGCACUUGAUCCGAACUUGAGGAUUAGGUCAGAAUAUUUAUUUGUCCAUCAAGUUGCAUCUGAGUAGUUUUGGGCUUGACCAAUGUUUAAAAAAAUAUAGUCGAUAUAUAAUAUUUCUUUGUAGAUUUAAUUGUUAUAAAUAUUAAAAAUAUUUUAAAAUUUUGUUUACACUACGGUAUACAAGUUCAAAACCUCUGAACUGUAAAUCAAGGGUACUCAACCUAUUAUAGUUUUGUAUAAAGGAUCUGUGCAGUCUUGUGAUAUCCAAAAUUAUUUGACUAAUACUGUAUGACUGUUUUGGAUAAAAUAACCAUGUAAUCAAUGUUGAGAAUCGAUGAUUUACAGGUUCCCUGCGACUGGUAGAUAUAUAAAAUGCUAUGAGUUUCGUUUGAGAUAAUUAUCUUGGUUGAUCUUACAAUUAACUAUUCCUCAUUUAAUAGUAUCAAUGAAUAUCCUCUACAUAUAUAUAUAUAUAUAAUAUUUGGGCUUGUGUGUCAAAAAUGCCUUGAAACUUUAAAGCCGGGCCAACUGUAAAAAGUGUUGCUAGUCUUGUGUUGGUGCCAGCUUGCUGUAACACAUGCUCCUGGCCCCCCUAUCUUUGUAUAGGGUAUCUUCUUCCUGCACAUGUACUUUAUAUAGCUGUGUUUAGAGGCUCAAAGAUGCAAGCUGUCGUUAAAUGAUGGAGAUGCUCAGUGUGCCAAAUCCUGUGCAAUAUUAUGUAUCAAGCCUUAACAGUAGGUCUUCAGCAAAACACACUUGCUGAAUUUCUUCUAAAAAGGCUAUAAGUACAAUGUGCUUUUCAAACUUUGUCUUAAUAAAGGAUAUGAAGUUGAAUGAUCUCCAAAAGGAGAAUUGUGUUAAAGCUAAGGUGUUAAAUUUAAUUGUACAAGUUUUUUUUUUCUUUCUUUUUUUAAUGCUAAUCUCAGGACUUAUUGAACAACAGGCAAUUUUUCUCCUUAUCAUUUGGUGGUAGGACUUCAAAAAUUGGUAUCAGGAGUGCAAGGGGUCUACUGUCCUGACCCAAUAUGCAGUAGCUGUUGUAGCUGACCCAAGACUAUUACAACAUAUUUUCUUGGCCAUGGUAUGGACUGCAUUCUGAUGUAAUGCAUGCAUGUAGACCAUAUGACUUUAUUAAUGUAGCAUGCAGCACUGCAUAAUCCCAUGUGUGUGUUAUUCGUAUGAAAUAGGACCAAUUUAAAAUCUGAAAUAUAUUUUUAUAGGGUAAAUAUGCAACAGAUGUUACAUGAUUCAGUUUAAUUGCAGCUAUAAGUUUUCAAGUGAUUACUUCAAUUUCCAUGAUAUUGAAAAUAAGGCAGAAAUACACAGAAGCAAAUGUUUGAUAAUUUUCAUCAUCAUACUGCAUUUCAUAUAUUCAAUAUGUAAACUGUUUAAAGCUAUGGCAACUUGGAUAACUAACCUCAACAGUGGAUAUGAGAGUGUGUUGUUUGUACAGUGAGGGUGUAAUAUAUGUGCGUGAUAUGA